AUGUUGAAGUCUUAUUUAGGGAUAAAUGUAGAAUGGACUGAAGAAGGGCAUUGUUUGCUGAGUCAAAGCAAGAAAAUUGAAAGGUUAAUUGAGAAAUGUGGUUUACAGAGUGCAAAGGUUGUGAAAACUCCGAUGACUACAAGUUUUGUGUCAGAGGAAGUUACAAGAGCUUUUGAGGAUAAAAGAUUGUUUAGAAGUGUUGUUGGAUCUUUACAGUUUAUUUCUAGCCAUACCAGACCAGACAUCUCAUACCCGGUUCAUGUUUUGGCAAGAAGAGUGAACGACCCGAGAAUUGAGGAUUGGACAGCAGUGAAACAUUUGAUUAGGUAUCUGAAAGGAACCAUGGACAAGAGGUUGAUAAUUAGAAAAAGCAAUGCUGAUUUGGAAUGUUAUGUAGAUAGUUCAUUUGCUUCGGAAUCAGGAGACAAAAAGUCAGUGUCUGGAAUGAUUAUAAGAUACAGCGAAAGUCCCAUUGUGUGGAGAAGUAGAAAACAGACAAACGUAGCAUUGAGCACUAGUGAGGCCGAGUUCGCAGCUUUGAAUGAAAUCACAAAUGAGAAAUUCAUGAAGAUUCACAGUCCUGUAUAG